AGAAUGAGUUUAGAGAGAGUACACAUGCGAGCUUGGAGAGCAGAGGAGGGGCUUUUCAACUCCACAACAACACAGAGGGGAGUGAGAGCGUCGAGAGGAUUGUGAAUGCGGCAGAGGAAGAGAGCGCACCGUCUGUGGUGGUGAAGACAGGAAAAAAAGACGGAUUUUCCCAAAUCCCUGCUCUUUUUUAUGUUUAUGCAUCAGAUUUUACAGUCCUAGUCACUCUCCAGGAUGUAAAGUAGCUCCAUAGUUUGUUUCCUCUUCCUCUACAAUGACUACUUGACCAUUUUCUUGCCUCCACCAUCCUUCCAGCACCAGCAUCACUUCUUUGCAGCUCAUCCAUCCACCUCUGUGUUGUUUUCUACGAUGCCAGUACUGGAGGGGCACUGGGGCUCUGAUAUCAGGAUGCGGGACUCAGGUCUUGGGGUCUGUCCAGAAGAACCUCCUGGCUCCCCAGAGUGGGGACCUCUGAGGACACCCCCUGUCACCUGUGGGGGUUUGUCACUGACCCUGGAGAUUCCCGCUCUCAUCCGGCAGCUCCGAGCAGCCUGGAGAGCCCGUAGGGGGGGACCCUGCUCCAAGGAGAAAAAACACGGCAGCACUUGGGUGGAAGCAGAAAAGGAGGCUGAGGAGAAUGACGAGAACAGCCGUGCACAUCAUCUGGAAGCAAAGACCAGACUGAACGUGGGCCAUGCUGAUGGGCUGUUGGGAAAGAGGCGGGGCUCCUACCCACCGAUUGACCUGCGCGUCCUGAAAAGCAGCAUCCAGUCUGGAGAUGUUGAGUCCAGCACAAGGAGACAGAUGAAGCACCUGCUGAGCUUCCACAGGUACUCCCACACCUCCAGAUUGCUGAGGGGGCUGGCCCCCCGCGACUCCGGGUCGCUGCACUUACUGGACGAUGGCUACCGGGGACAAGCAGCUCACAUGCUGUCACGAGUCGGCACCUGGAACUUUGACAUUUUUGUCUUCGAUCGCCUCACAAACGGUAACAGCCUGGUGACUCUGAUGUGUCAUCUUUUUAACAUCUACGACCUAAUUCAUCACUUCCAACUGGAUGUAGUCAAGCUGCAUAGGUUUUUUGGCUCAGUGCAGAAGGACUACCACUCCCAGAAUCCUUACCACAAUGCCAUCCAUGCUGCUGACGUCACUCAAGCUAUGUACUGCUAUCUAAAAGAGCCCAAGCUGGCAGAUCAGCUGACCCCUCUGGACGUGUUCCUGGGUCUGGUGGCUGGGGCGGCUCAUGACGUGGACCAUCCGGGGGUCAACCAGCCCUUUCUCAUCAAAACCAACCACCAUCUGGCGUCUCUUUACCAGAACACGUCUGUGCUGGAGAGCCACCACUGGAGAUCCACUGUGGGCAUGCUGCGAGAGUCAGGACUGCUGUCCCACUUGCCAGCUGAGAUCACGCGGAGGAUUGAGCAGCAGCUGGGCUCGCUCAUCCUGGCCACUGACAUCUGCAGGCAAAACGAGUUCCUGCUGACCUUCAGAGAGCAUCUGGACAACCAGGACUUGGACCUUGGAGAGCCUUCACACAGACACUUUAUUCUGCAGAUUGCUCUCAAGUGUGCAGACGUCUGUAAUCCGUGUCGGGAGUGGGAGCUGAGCCGUCAGUGGGGUGAGAGGGUGUGUGAGGAGUUCCACCAACAGGGUGAGCUGGAGAAGAAGUUUGACUUGGAGGUUAGUCCUCAGUGUGACCACCAGCAGGACCCCGUCCCAGCCGUCCAAUCAGGUUUUAUUUCUUGCAUCGCGGAGCCUCUUUUUGACGAAUGGAACCGCUUCACUCACCCCAGUCCGCUCAGCCAAACCAUGCUGGAGCACCUGCACAAGAACAAGGCUCGCUGGAGCCGCCUGCUGAAUCCACUUUCCGAAGAACAAACUUUCUCCUGUGCGGAGAGCCGUGAAGCUCAAAAACGAGACGGCAAAAACAUCCCUUAAAGUUCCUUUUCAUUUUUGGGGAAUGUUUUAUCUUUGAACACGUGGGAAUAUCUCAUUCCUGCAUGGUUGCUGCCACAGCUGGGAGCUAAAAGGCUCUUAAAAAGUGGGAAUUCGGAGGAUGGCUCCCUCUAGGGGAGCUGCAGAGUAAUGUAGCACUGCAGGUUUAUGGAGAGAUUCAUGAAGGACAGGAAGCUUUCUUUGCCUUUAUAACUAAUGACAAAUGUUAUGAAUGAAAUUAGUUGGAUUUGAUUAGAAUAAAGAAGAGCAAAAUAAACAUUUUUGAGAGGUAAAACAAAAAGAUAGGAUGGGGAUAUCACUGAAGAAUUUUGGAAAAACUUCUGAGAAAAUUUUGUCAUUUUUAAAUACUUUUAUAUUGUUUUUUUUUGUAAAGCUUAUUCUCACAUCGUAUUCUCACUUUUUAAAGACUUUUUUGUGCUGUUAACUAUGGCAUUUUAUUUGUGCAAAGCUGUUUAAGCACUUCGAUUAAAAAGAAAAGAUCAAAUGUAUAAUCUACAGUAUUUAUGCCAAAAUCUGCAAUAUUUUCAUUUAUUUUAAACAAAUAAGUCACACUGGAAUAACUUUACUAACAAGCAAACAUAUUAUAUUGAGAUAAAAAAAACUUUUGAACAGAAAAGCCUUAAAAACGGUUCUUUUUAUUUAAACAAACAACAUGUGCUUUUUUCUCUCUCUUUAACAACCUCUUUUGUCACUGAAUGUUUUACUUGAAGGAUCUCAAAGUGGGCCUCACGUCCUACAAGCAUUGCCAAGGUGCCAAAAAAUUUGAGACAUAGUUGCACUCUUACCUCUUUAUGCGCUUUUUACAGAUAUUUCUGAAAACAGUAGCUGUGUUUAUGCACCUCGACAGAACAGACGCAUCUGUUUUUUAUGUAAUAUAUCAAUAAAGUUGCAGUAAAACACAAUAUAAUAUUAAAAAAGUAUUAAUGUAUGAAUAUUUUUAUUGUUUAAGCCACGUGGAGAUGUCACUUCGUACAAAAAGGUUUAAUGUUAUUGUAAAUACAAGAAUGUUCUGAUUUAAAAUAUACUGUUUAUAGUCACUGUGCACACAUGCAGUUAUGAGUAGCACGUUUUAUAGAUUUCAGCUUUAUCGUCUUUAAUUAUAUAAAUUAACCAAACACGGAGGGGUCUACAAAAAGUGUUUUUUUUUUCUUUGUAGUUGCUUUAAUUCUAAUCUUUGAUUCUGCUGUCAACUGAAGUGCAAUAAUUUUUAAAUUAUGGACAAAAUGUCUUCUUUAUGUGAGAAAAUGUUUUGCCUUUCAGGGGGAAAAAAGUUUCUCCCUGUUUAAAAUAAAUAAAAGCAGAAGCUUUUAGUUUUUCCUGAAGUUUACAGUUUAAAUUUGUUUAGCUCUUACAGUAAAAAUGUCUCUGGAAUUUUUUUAUGAGUCAUUUAUUAACAGAUCUAUUCAGCAUUCCCAGAGCUGCUUCCUGUUUAAAUACCUCUCACAAAGAACUGUUAGAUGAGCCGAACUGCUUUUAUUGAGAUUAAUAAUUAUAAUAAUCGAUCAUCUUUAAAUAAGAAAAGGUUGAGAUAAAAAUCCAGUUGUGAUCAUAAUUUUUUUAUGUCUGAUUUCAAAUAAACACUGACACAAAA